AUGCGAUCACAGGAUGAUGCGAGAGCCAAAGAGGGAAAUGAUCAGUAUUAUCGGAAGAGUUCCCUUAUUGACUAUGACUUGCCCCUGAUUAACUGCAGAGAAAUCACUCGGGCACAGGAUGACUGGGAUGUGGAAGAAUUCAUCUCAAAAACCUGCAUGUCCAGGUUCCUGCAUCAUUCCUCUAUCAAGAUUUUGAUAGCAUGUGUCAUAAUUGGCAACGCCAUCGUCAUUGCUCUCCGAACGGAGCCAACACUUGAAAAUAAUUACUUUGGCUUAUUCAAUACCAUUGACACAAUUGUUCUGUCUUUUCUGAUCUGUGAGGUCAUGCUCAACUGGUACUAUGGAUUCAAUUUGUACUGGAAGGAUGGCUGGAAUAUCAUCAAUUUUUGUAUUGUGACAUACCUAUGCCUUGGCUUGUACAUUUCUGCAUUGGAGAAUCAGACUCUUUUUCGAAUGGUCAGAGUCAUGAGGCUGAUUCAAGUGUGUAGCUUGGUUAGUGGCUUGGCCAGGAUGAUACAGGUGAUCCUGAAGUCCAUUCCUGACAUGGCAAAUAUCAUGAUCCUACUUUUUGCCAUCAUGCUGAGAAAACGGAGCUUACAAGAGCUGCGCCUGGCCCCUCUGUUUCUGCUGGCAGAGCAGUGGUGGGUUAUAGGCGGUACGCCUCGAAAGGAAGGCUUGGCCUUGGAGAUAGGUGGGGCCCUCUACUUCUUUAUCUUCAUCACCUUUGGGGCCUUCAUCUUUGCAAAUCUGCUGGUGGCUGUGGUGACAACCAACUUGGAACAGUCAAUGCAUGCUUAUCAAGAGAAACAGCAGCUGAAAACUUUCUCUACCCUCGGAACCUUCGCUGCCUUUGAAGAUGGCGGCGAUGAUGACUAUACCAAAUCCGCUUCAGAAGCGGUGCAUGUAAAAGAAGUACUUCAGUCAACCCCCAUGGUCCAUCACCAGGAGUUGCUCAGCCUUGGCAAUUUGAGCAAUUUGACUGAGACGACUUGUGAAGAUCUCUGCCUGGUCCUGGAAGCGAUCCACGAGAACCUAAAGGAAUAUCAGAUAAUCAGGGAUGAACUGGACCAGUACUGGGAGCCAGCAAAAUUUGAGAAGCAACCAAAGAGCUCGGGAGUCAAAGUUCCAAAGCAUCUCAGCAAUGUUUACUUCAAGAAGAAGAAGCUGCGUAUGCCCAAACAUCAGGAGGGCAAAUACUUUGAUACUGAAAAAGUGAAAUAUGAUGUUGCUGAACAUCGCAAGGUAGACCAGAACACUGUGGACUCCCAUCUUCUGUCCAUCAAUAAGGUUCCUCAGCUCUGGAGCUACCUGUGUUCGACUUUUUCACUCUCCAAUGGAGUUUAUCCUCAGAAAUUGGUCUUCUAA